AUGAUAGAGAUUACUAUUUCUCCCAAAGAAAGCGAAGGAAGCCCAAGAGAAUUUUACAUUUCUGAGAGCCAAAAUAGUGAAAAAUAUGAGAAAAUUUGCUUGCAAACUGAUGACCAACUUCAUCGCUAUGUACAGCUUUCAUGGGAUGAUGUUAAUUAUUAUGCGACCACGAAAGGCAAAACUCUGCAUAUCUUAAAAAGCGUCUCUGGAUAUGCAAAUCCUGGAGAGUUUUUAGCUAUUAUGGGUGCAUCUGGCUCAGGAAAAACUACAUUAUUGAACAUCUUGGCAAAUAGAGUAAGAAGUGGAAAUAAAGCUGAAAUGACAGGAAUAAUCUCCGCAAAUGGUAAAGAUGCAAGAGAAUUCAAUAUAAGUAAGUAUGCAGCCUAUGUAACCCAAGACGAUGUUUUACUGCCUGCAUUGACUCCAAGAGAUUGCCUAAUGUUUUAUGCUAAGCUAAGAUGCCCUGGAACAGAUAAAGAAAGAUAUGCAAAGGUAGAAAAAAUUCUUAGCGACCUCAAUAUUGCAGGAAUUGCUGAUAAUUUGAUAGGUAACGCAAUAAUCAAAGGGAUUUCUGGUGGAGAAAAGAAGAGAGUCUGCAUAGGAAUCGAGCUUAUGUCUGAUCCUUGCAUUAUUAUGCUAGACGAACCGACUUCGGGUCUAGACAGUUAUAAUGCAGGAAUUGUUAUCGAUUUACUAUUAAAGCAAGCCGCUAAAGGCAGAACAAUUAUUUCCACAAUCCACCAGCCAAGUUCCAAUGUUUUCAAAAAAUUUGAUAAGCUAAUGCUCCUUUCUGAAGGAAACGUAGUUUAUCAUGGCCCCUGCGACAAAUCAAGAAAAUAUUUCGCAGAGCUUGGAUAUAAAUGUCCAAAACAAGUAAAUCCAGCUGAUUACUAUAUGAGAAUACUCCACAUAACAAAUAGACAUGAAAUUACAGAUGAGGAGCAAAACAAGCUAGAUUUGUUUGUUGAAAGUUAUAAGGAAAAUUACGUAAAAGAUGCCGAGUCAAAAUAUGAGCUUUCUCAGCUACAAGAAAUAGGGACUUAUCGUCCAAACUGCUGGGUCGAAUUUUUUGAGUUGCUCAAAAGAUCAGCCAAGACAUCAGCCAAAAAUCGGCUUUCCUUAAAACUCCGUCUUCUAAUGGCUCUUUUGAUAGGAAUUUUGAUAGCUUUAAUUUUCAAUGACUUAGGCAAUGGUGAAAAAGCUAUACAAAAUAUCAAUGGAGUCCUUUAUAUGCUUUCUAUAUGGCCAGUAAUGAGUGGGAAUGGGUCAGUUAUUAUGAAUUGUAACAGUUAUUUAGAUUAUAUGGAAAGAGCAGUCUUUUUGAAAGAGCAUGAUGAAGGCUUAUAUGGGGACUGGUCAUAUUUUUUAUCUAAAAAUAUGAUAGAUAUACCUUGGACCAUGGUUUCUGGGAUCCUUACUGGAGUAAUUGCUUAUUUCAGCUUACUCCCCCCCCCCCUCCGUGAGCGAACAAAAAAAUUUUGUUCGCUCACGGAGGGGGUUAAUUUUUUUUUUUAAAAAAAAUUUAUAUAUAAAUUUUAUAAAAAAUAUUUUUUUCGAAAUUUAAAAAAAUCCUAAUUUGCAAAAAUUGGGAAGCAAAUAUUAAUUUAAUUUGCAAAAUUUAUGUUUUUUUAAAACGCAAUUUGUUUAAAAUUAAACAGAAUUAGCUCUAGAUUUCAUUAUACUAAUUAUCACUUAUAUAUCAAAAUUUUUUUCCCAUUAAAAUUUUUUCUAUUAAAAAAAAUUUUUGUUCACUCACGGAGGGUGGGUUUUUGGUCAAAAAAAUGGCGAUUUUUCUAAUGGUUUUGUUCGCUCACGGAGGGGGGGGGGGGAGUUAGGGUUAAAUCUCCAUGAUGGGUCAAAAUUUAUUAUUUUUUAUUGUAUUUAUAUUAUGGCAUUACAAUGUGGGAUGGGUUUUGGCUAUAUAACUGGGUUCUUAUUUACCACAGUAGAAGCAGCUCAUGCCUUUAGUAGUGUUCUUCUAUUUCCAUUAACUGCAUUUGGAGGAGAAAAUGUGAAAAUAAACUCAAUUCCUAUCAGUUGGAGAUGGAUUACUUAUAUUACUGUAACAUUUAUUUAGCCUUUUAAGUGGGUUUUUCAAGCAUUUACUGUUAAUGAAUACACAGAUUGGGAAAAAGAUUGUGACACAGAAUGUGAUCCAUUAGGAGAUUUAGGAUGGUCUGAUCAACAAUGGCAAGGGAUUAUUGGAAUUAUUGUCUUAAGUACUAGUGUCAGGUUGAUUGCUUAUUUUAUAUUGAAAUUACAAACUCGGAAUAAAAGAUCUUAA